AUGCCUCGCACCCAACCCUACUACGUUGUCAGCAUCGAAGGCAAACUCUCCGCCACCUUCACCCCCCGCGUGGUCGGCGUCUUCUCCACUCCUGCCCUAGCCGUCGCCUCUGUCAAAAAGAUUACACCACGUUGUGCCCGAGUACCUAAUAACUCUGAGCCCGGUGUUAUAAGAUGCGUUGGCGACGAUAGCGACAUCAAAAUCGUCCUCCAGCACAGCGAUAUAGUUGGCACGUCUAUAACCCCUGCUAACACUGUCUUCCUGGCCAUCGACGAAUGUGACAACAUCAUCGUCGAAACGAAGAUAUUGGGCACGGCGCAUGAUGCGUGGGCAGCAUGCGAAGCUAUGAAGCGUAAGUGCGGUAACUACUGGAAAUAUGAGAUAGAAUGGACUGACACGAGUGGAUGUAAACACGGCGAGGAUGAGUUCAAUGUGUCACAUCAGCUGACUGGCUUGGAGACAAUAGGCAUGUUCCAACAUCACUGGUAUGUCAAGAAGUUUGUGAUCGACACUUAG